UGGCUGCUCUAGCAGGGCAGUCAGGGAGCUGUUUCAUUAAAUCCCAACCCAGGUACUCGAGUUUCUGCACAAAGUGCUGCUGGCACCACGUCCCGGUCUGCUGCAAGGUCAGACUCAUGCACGCAGACUCUGCUUAAUAGAUCACUCCAACUGCUGGGAGGCUCACUGGGGACGAUGGAAUUUGAACUCUCGAGACCGACUGCGAAGUGAAAAAACAUAAAUUGGACAGACAGGGCUGAGAUGGAUGAUGAGGGAACAAAUCAACAUGACAGCAAAUUGCAAGGAGACGGAGGCCAGGUGUCUACAACAUCUCUAUCAAACCCGCUGAUGAGGGACCUUGUUUCAGACUGGUCUCCUUUACACGAUGCCUCUAUCCAUGGGCGUCUGCUUACUCUGAAGGAACUGAUCAAACAGGGGAGUGAUGUUAAUCUUGUUACAGCAGACCAUGUGUCUUCUCUCCACGAAGCCUGCCUAGGAGGUCACGCUGCUUGUGCCAGCAUCCUCUUAAAACAUGGCGCUCAAGUGAAUGGAGUUACUGUUGACUGGCACACUCCAUUGUUCAACGCUUGUGUCAGUGGCAGUGUGGCUUGCUUGAAUUUACUGCUGCAACAUGGAGCCAGCCUACACCCACCCUGUGACUUGGCAUCCCCCAUCCAUGAAGCUGCUAAGAGAGGUCAUGUGCAAUGUGUUGAAUUCCUUGCAUCCCAUGGUGUAAAUAUAGAUCACAACAUCAAGCAUCUGGGUACUCCACUUUAUGUAGCUUGUGAGAACCAGCAAGUGAACUGUGCCAAGAAGCUGCUUGAGUCAGGAGCAAAUGUGAACAGUGGCAGAGGCAUGGACUCCCCUCUGCAUGCAGCCGCCAGGAACGGCAAUGUGGAGCUAGUAACGCUGCUGAUUGACUUUGGAGCAGACAUUUGGGUGAAGAACACCGAGAGCAAGAGGCCAAUGGAGCUGGUCCUGCCCAGUAGUCCUGUGGGCCAACUGUUUCUGCAGAAAGAAGGGCCGCUGUCCUUGAUGCAGUUGUGUCGCCUGUGCAUCAGGAGGUGUUUUGGACACAAGCAACAUCAAAAAAUAACUGAACUUCUCCUCCCAGAUGAGCUGAAACAUUUCCUUCUCCACAUUUAAGCCUUUCAUGUUCAAAAUGGUGCCUUCAACAACACAGCAAGAAACACAUCCUGCUGCCACACACCAAAGAGCGCUUAUGAUCCCUCUGCUCUCUCGUGGGCGUUCACCAGCGAAUAUCACCUUGUCUGUACAGGCAGGAAUGAGGAUGCUGAAGCUCUGGUUUGGACUGCACUUGGGUACUUCGGAGACACUUUUCUUUUUCACUUAGCUGUGGAGUCUCAUAGAAGAGAGGGCUUGGUAUGUGAAAAUUCUGACAACAUUGUUAACAUCAGCAAUGAGUCCUCAUCUCAGAAGUGUGGAGACUGUCAGCCUUCAAAUACACAAACUUAUUUUGAUGUUUACUAGUGUGCCAGUGUGGGCAGUGCAAGUCUUCCCUUCGCACAUGGGAAGUUAAAAAGGAUGGAUCAAAUGCUACUUGGCUGCUUAUAUUUGAUGUACACUGAAACAGAAAUCCUCAAGCUGGGCAAGACAACUGCCGGCUGUAGGUAUCCAGUAUGAUGGUUUGACUUUUUUUUUUGUGCUGACCAAAUACAGGAGGAGCAGAUCUGUUGUUUUUGUGGGACACUGGAUUAUGCCUUAACGGGACAAAAUGAAAAACAGUUAGGUCUGCAGUUCCCCUUGUGACACAUUUAGAAAUCUUCACUUAUCUGACCCAUCAUGCAUAAUUUAAGCCCUGUAAAAAUUCAUUGACUGAUUUAAGAUGGCCCUCGAUAUUCUUUCUUUUCUGGUGGGGAAGAGUAAUAGACAUCUGUUGGCAUAGGCUGAAGAAAAGCAGGCAUUUUGGAUGGAAAGGUGGAUCCUUCUAAAAUCAGCAUCUUGAUUAGGCUGCAUCUGCAUUAAACAGGAAAUGGUCAGGGAAUAGACAAUGAGCCUAGUGCUUAAUUUUUGAGGAUGAAAGUGUGAAGAAUCUCUGCUUUGGUGACACAUCUGAAAGCUGAAGAUCCAGCUUAUUACAUUUUAGAUGAUGAAGAAACAUUUUUUAAUGUAAUGGUUUUAUCAUUUGCCUUUAAGCAUCUUAUUUUUUAACUUCAGCCAAUGGGUUUAUAGAAGUAAUGCUAAUACCAGGAGAAAAUUGCUCUGAGAAGGUGUUAUGUUGCUUCUAGAUUGCUUUUCUUCUGGAAAUUUCAUAGCGUGACUCUGCUUGAAUCCCUCCGAUCAAGUGCAGUUAGUAUGAAUUCUGUAUGCACAACUUCUAUCAUCUCAAUUUGUUUGCUUAUUUAUUUUAAUAUAAAUUGUGAUCAACACUGGCAAAUUACAGCUUUAUGCAUCAACACUUGUCUAGUUAUAAACUGUAGAAGUUGUACAAGAUGUAAACUGAAUAAGCUCAUUAUAGAUAAGGUUUGGAUAUUUUUCUACAUUUGAAAACAUUCCGAACGUAAUGCAGGAUUUGAAAGAUUGUUUAUCAGACUCCUUGCUGUAAUUUUGUUAGCAGUUUUACAGUAGUCAUCCACAAUUGUAUAGGAUAUUUUCUAAAAAAAAAUGUUUUAUACAUUUUUUUUAAUUAUUAUUACUUUUAUUCACUUUUUAAAUGAUAGCAGUGAUUUUGUGAAUUGUCUGAAUUCUGUGCAAUCCUGCCUGCAGGUGGGUAGUAUAUAGGACAAUUUCUUCAAAUAGACUUAUGAUAAAGAUAAAACUAAAAUGCAAAUACCGUGAAAAUAGUGCUUUCUGAUGAUGUUUUAAAGUAGAGUUGGACUCCUGCAAUUGUUUUUUUUUAUUCACUUGAGGUUUACUGAAAAGGAGAUAGAGAUUUCACAAAGUAGGAAAAGAUGUAACUUAAGAUGGUAACCCUCUAGAGUUAGGUUCUUUUUUGCUGAUUUGCAUAUUUCUUUCUCCUAUCUCCUCAGCAAGAAGCACAUUGGAUGAUCUGAGUGCCUUUGUGUAUGUAUACACAACAGGAGAUCUUUACUAGAAGUCAGAGUACGGAGAUCCCUGUAUAGUCACAAGUCCCAGAGAUGUCUGCCAGCAUCCAGCAGGUAUACUGUGGGGCUGGAGAGAGAUGGGAGGGCAGUAAUGCCCUUUCCAUUAGAUGCAUGUCUAGGAGCUUUUACCCACAGAGACCAGCUGAAAGAGAGGACAAUGCCAGCAAAUUGCUUCUCAAGAUGUUGUUUCUAUUGGAGACAGGACUGUUUAUGAAACUAUGUAACUAAACAAUCAACAUCUCAACAAAAUAAAACUGAU